CGGUUUUGCUUGUUUGAUGUUGUCAGGGUUUCACGUUCACCAUCUGUGGGUUUUACUAUAGUUUUACUUCGUACUAAAUAAAACCAGGUGUUUAUUGAUUUAAAAAUCACAAAAAUAAAUAAAUUAUAAAAGACUUGAACUUUAUUAGCUAUUUCAUCACAGAAGUUAAUUAAUAAUGUUCGAGUCAGAUGAUUAUGACCAGGUGUUAUCACAAUUGGAUUUCCCCGAAGCACCUGAACAAUUACCAUCAAAGAACCUAGAUGUAAUUCCACGCCAAAAAGAAUCUUUAAAGACCAAUAACGUAGAUCUAAAAAGACCAAGAGAAGUUACAAAUUUCCAAAAAAAUAAUUUAGGUUAUUCAAAUUUAAAUGAUACAAGAAAGAAAACCAAAUCAAGUGAUGAUAGUGUGUCACCAACUCGCAUAAAAAAGAAAAUUUUGAAUUCAUACUUUGAUCACAGGAGCCAACGAAAGUUUCCUGGCCCUGCUGGUCUUCUAACAGGUUCUUUCGAAGAGAAAAAAGAUGAAAAUAUUUGCCAAAUGGAGCUUCUUUCGCAGGAUGUUGAUUUUACACAAAACUAUAUUCAUGGUGAUGUAUUUGAAACACCACUAUGGAAGAGACUCUUAGAAGAUACAAAAAGCUUAAAGGAAAUAAAUACAAUAAGAGGCACCAAACACCAGGCGUUUGUUGGCAACUUGCAAAAAAAGAAAGCUCAUACUGUUAUAGCAUUUGUAGAGAGUGUAGAUAGAUCAGCGGUUGAUCCUUUGAUUACAUUGAGAGAUAAAACAGGGCAUAUAAAGUGCACUCUUCAUAGAGAUGCUUGGUCAUCAUUCUCUCCAUACAUAGUGGCAGAAUACUGUGCCCUAGUUAUUUGGAGACCUACUGUAUUGACAACAGGGAGUGCAUUCAAAAAACACUAUCUUAAUAUUACUUUAAGUAAUAUAUGGGCUAUAUACAGCUCAGCCAUCAUAAGCGAAGAUGAAUCAUUGGCAGAUGGUUAUCUUAAGACAUGUGAAGAAGAUUACACUAUUAUUAAAAUGGAUAGAAGUUUAUCAGAUGGUAAUUUCUCUCCAGAAAAUGAAAGCCUACAAGAAAGUUUUGAUGAUUUGGACAAUGUAUUCCUAGAUGAUGUGUUUUAAUUCACAUUAUAUCUCAUUAUAAAGUUAAGUUCAUAAUAUAACAAAAAUACUAAAGUUGCAAAAAAAUUUAUAUGCCAAUG